AUGAAGUCACGAAUCGUUGAUAAAUUAUUCGCUAAUCGCACAUUGAAGCACGUAGUAUAUUUAGUACCUCAAUUGUGGCGACCUUGUAUUAUCGGAAAUGAUUUUAUUCAAAAACACAACCUCCAGAUAGACGGUGGAACUCAAAAAGUCUAUUGGCAAGAUGGUCAGCGAAAUUUAGAACACCCACAAGAAAAACCCGAGCAAUAUACAUUACUUGCAAAUGAAUGCGUUAAAAUUCCAGCUUACCAUGUUAUGUAUGUCCAAGUGAAACCAGAUAAAGAUAUUCCGAAGAGGCACGAAGAAUCAAUGCCAUAUGAAAUAGCAACGCUCAAACAUAACCCUUGUGUAGCGAAUGGUAUUAUUGAACUUCGCAAGUCUAUGAGUAUUCAAGUCGCGAAUCUUUCAAAAAAUACAAUCGUCAUUCAACCAAAGCAAGCUUUAGCUUCCAUGGCACGUCUUAAUGAUAUUCAAAGCAAUACGUUACAUCAAAUAGACAAUGUGUCAGAUCGAUCCACGCUAACAGCUGCAAAGGAUUUUGAUUUGAAUGACGCGAACUUAACGGAAUCGCAGAAGAAUCAAAUGAAGCGUCUAUUAACCUCCUUUCCCGAUGUGUUCACCGAGAAGAGUGGUCGAACGAAGGUUUUACGACAUCAAAUUGAGUUGAUACCUGGUUCGAAGCCAUACAAUUCACCACCAUAUCGUUACUCCCCGGCGAAGCGAAAAAUUAUCGAACAGAAUAUAAUGGAAAUGAAAGAACAAGGAAUAAUCGAAUCCUCCAAAAGCCCAUGGGCUUCACCAGUUGUUCUGGCCCCGAAGAAAGACGGUUCUAUACGAUUCUGCGUGGAUUACCGUAAACUUAACUCCAUUACCACUAGAGACGCAUAUCCCAUACCAAGAAUCGAUGAUACCCUCGAUGCGCUCCAGGAGGCAAGAUAUAUUACCACGUUAGAUCUACGGUCCGGAUAUUGGCAAGUAGAGAUGGAAAAAGAAUCGAAAACAAAAACAGCAUUUAUAACCCAUAAAGGUCUGUACGAAUUCACUGUCAUGCCGUAUGGAUUAACAAAUGCUCCUGCGACUUUUCAACGAUUAAUGGAUAUCGUCCUGGCAGGUUUGAAAUGGCAAAGCUGUCUGGUAUAUAUAGAUGACAUAGUUAUUUAUUCACCAACUUUCGAACAACACCUGAUCGAUUUAAGAAAUGUAUUACAAGCCUUACGAGAAGCUAAUUUAACACUCAAAAGGUCUAAAUGCUGCUUUUGCAGAAAAGAAAUGAAGUAUUUAGGGCAUAUAAUUACCCAAGAUGGCAUUAAACCCGAUCCUACUUUAACAAAGGCUGUUACGGAAUUUCCUCAACCAAGAACCAUAAGAGAUAUCCAAUCAUUUCUAGGAUUAAGUGGAUAUUACCGACGAUUUAUUAAAGAUUACGCCAAGACGGCAGAACCACUUUUAAAACAACUACGCCAACUAAAAGACAAGAACUAUCAUUUGAAUUGGUCCACUGAUUGCACUCUUGCUUUUGAAACACUGAAGAAGAAAUUAACAAGCGCUCCCAUUAUGGCUACUCCAAAUUUUAAUGAACCAUUUAUCCUUGAACUAGAUGCUUGUGAAUAUGGACUUGGUGCAGUACUUGCACAAGAAUAUGAUAAACGAAAAUUUGUUAUCGCCUAUGCAAGUCGAACACUAUCAACAUCUGAACGAAAUUAUAGUGCAACUGAACGAGAAGCUUUAGCAAUAGUAUGGGCAACUCAACAUUUCCGUCCAUAUUUAGAAGGAACAAAGAUUUAUAUUCGAUCCGAUUGUAAAGCGCUACAAUGGAUGAAGAACGCUAAAGAUGUAAGCGGACGACUCGCCAGAUGGGCCAUGAAACUAUCGGCUUUCCAAAUUGAAAGUAUUCAAUAUCGUCCAGGAAUCUCAAACGGAAAUGCAGAUUCUCUGUCCAGGAACCCAGUAGAUAGAACCUCCGAACAAUUUGAAACCAAAUCAACCUUAAUACAACCCAGAACUGAACCGAAACCAGACUUUUCUCAUCAAGCCUCAAUCACCGAUUCAAAGAUACCUGAAAUAGCAGCUAUUGAUGUGUUAAUAAACGUCUGGGAAAAUACAAACAUCCUAGAUGAUAUAAAAGUGGAACAACAAAAGGAUUCAAAGCUGAACCACAUUAUACAACAAUUGAAGGCAAACCCCCCUCCACAAUUCAAUGACAAAAAACAACCCUUUGUCUUGAUUAACGACAUUCUUUACAAAAUAAAGAAUUCAAAUAGACAUUACAAUCAACGAAUAUUCGGCAAUAAACAUUUGUUAGUGGUUCCAAGUACCAUGCAACUUAAGCUAUUAAAAUGGGCUCAUGAUCACCCAACCGGGGGACAUGCUGGUCAACAAAAAACCCUGUUUCGCCUGUCAACUAGAGUGUAUUGGGCAACAAUGAGAAAGGAUAUCUUCAAUUAUGUAGCUGCAUGUCACGAAUGUCAAAAGUUUAAAUACAACAAUACACCUCUUGCAGCUCCAAUGCAACUACACGAAGUACUCGAACCCUGGCACACAAUCGGAAUUGAUAUAAUGGGACCAUUCCCAGUAACGGCAAGACAAAAACGAUUCUUACUGGUAGUAGUAGACUAUUUCAGCCGUUGGAUUGAAGCAUUUCCAAUGCGUACUACAACAUCGGAGAACGUAGCUGAUAUCCUAACAAACGAAGUCUUUGCACGUUAUGGUCUACCAAAGUAUAUUUUAUCCGACAACGGCCCUCAAUUUGUCUCGAAUGUCUUUGAAGAAUUUUGUCGAUCAAUGCACAUCAAGAGAAAGUUAACCGCAAACUAUCACCCGCAGACAAACAUGACGGAACGUGUUAAUCGAACCCUAAAGCCUCUUAUCGCUAUUUUUUCUCAAGAACAUCCCCACUCUUGGGACAAAGAGAUACAGAAACUGGCAUUUGCUAUUCGUACAUCCGUCAAUGAAACUACUGGAGAAACCCCAGCAUUUUUAAUGUUCGGACGUGAUCCCAGAAUCCCACUCGAUAUGAUAAUAGGUGACCCCGUUAACGGAACUCAUACAAUAACCGAAAAUCACGAACAAAUAUAUAGCUACAAAAAUCAAUUAAUACAUAACUUGCGUAAUGCGUUUAAUACGGCACGUGAACAUUCCGAAGUGGAAAAAUUGAGCCAAAAGAUGAAAUACGACAAACAUACGACACCUCGAACUUUCAAAGUAGGUGAUCUGGUUUGGGUAGCAACGACGACGGCGCACAUCGGAGAUAAUCCUAUUCGACGCAAGUUACAACCCUCCUUUCAAGGUCCAUGCAGACUAAUAGAACAAUUAAACCCAUCAACAUUCCUAGUCCAACGCCUUAGUGACAACGUUAACCUAGGGUCCACAAACGUAGACCGUUUAAAAAUUUACUAUGAACCGAAAACGGAAUCAAAUAUAGGAACCAUCCAUAUGGAUCAAUUGAUGGACAAUAACCAAGUAUUGUCUCACAAUAGUCCAACAAGUCCCAAUAUCUCCAAUAUGGUCACCACCGCACAAGGUCAAGUGACAAAUCGUUAUCCAUCGAAUCGGUCGCGACGUCCACCAAUUCGAUUCCGCCCUGAUAUGUACUAA